UUGAAAAGAGGAGCUGCUGCAUAUGUUUGGCAUGUAGUGGUAUACUGCUUGCAUGCAUGUUCAUACAGAAAGGUGCCUUGAAUUCCUGCAGGUGUUUGUGUGAUAUCUUGAUGCAUGUUGUGUGAUCCUUAUGUCUCUGCUCUUUGCAUGUAGUGAGCGACUUCUAUCUUAUUUACAUUUGGUGCAUUCUUGUAUGUUGCUGCAUUUUCUAUUCUCUGUUUACAUAUGGUGUACUGUUGCUUGUUAUGUAUUUCUGCAAAUGGGCUGUUCCUGCAUGUCUUUAUAUGGACUGUGUUGCCGUGCUUUUCAUAUGUGGUAUGCUACUUCAUGUUGACAUGUGUAUUUGCAUGUAGAAUGCAGCUCCCAUGUAAUGGCAGAUAUGUAUGUGUUCCUUCUUUGUAUGCGACAUUCUGCUGCAUGUUACGUUAGUGCACUUGCUAGGGAUGUAUUCCUGAAGAUUGCAUGGGAUGUGUUUUGCUGUACAUGCUUAAGUGGAGCUUGCUCCUAUGCAUGCUUGCUUCUGAUAUGCUCCUGAAUUUAUGAUGUGCUGUUGCAUGUGACACAUCUAUUCUCCUAUGAACGUGUGUUUGAGAGAAUGAAAGUGAGAGAAGGUAGAAUAGCCCUGUGUUCACAAGAUUUGCAGUCUCUGGCAUGACUCAUAUAUUCUAAUUUUUUGCUGUGCAUCUUCUUUAGUAUCUUGGCUAUAUUCACUUGAGCUGCAGCAGUCUGCAAUAACUGUGGAUUACGUAGCAGAUUAUUGAAAGUCACUGUCUCAGCAUUAGCUCCUGUAUCUCACUGGAGCUGAACAAUGGCCUACACUGCAUGCUUUGCACACUUUUUGAAUGUGUUUAGCAAACUGUGUAAACAAUUAAACAGGAAUGUUAUGUGGGUAAUUGUGAAAUGGUCUUAUAUGAUACAUAUAAGGAUCACAAAGAUAUUUCUGGGUACUUGUUAUGAAAGAGGGGGAUUUGUGGGGGCUUUUGCAGGGAUAGUGGGCAGAGGGCAGGCACAGGCAGCUUAGCCACUACAAGAGAAGAGGAUGGCCAUAUAUUUUUCUUCCUGUCCUUCUAGUUUACCUGUCAGUGAAUGCCCUGGAUGCUAUGGUGGCAACAACCUUGCCAUGAAAAUUGUGCUGUGGAAUGCCAAAUUAGUGAAAAAAAUAGCUAACCAGGACUUGAUCCUACCUGAAUGAGGGAUGUGUUAUGGAGACCUGAGGAAUUCCUGGGAAGAAAUGUGGCACAAUAAUAUUGACAGCAGAGGAAUUGAACUGUUGCCGGGAUGCUGUACUGAUGCAGUUUUGUGCAAACAAAUUAGACAAGAAAGACUUCUUUGGAAAAUCAGAUCCUUUCCUGGUAUUUUAUCGCAGCAACGAAGAUGGCAGUUUUACAGUCUGCCACAAAACAGAAGUUAUAAAGAAUACGUUAAAUCCAGUGUGGCAGGCAUUCAAGAUAUCUGUGAGAGCACUUUGUAAUGGAGAUCAUGAUAGAACAAUUAAGAUAGAGGUAUAUGACUGGGAUAGAGAUGGAAGUCAUGAUUUUAUUGGAGAAUUCACAACAAGUUAUAGGGAAUUGUCCAGAGGACAGUCACAAUUUAAUGUGUAUGAGGUAAUAAAUCCAAAGAAGAAGGCAAAAAAGAAAAAAUAUGUUAAUUCAGGAACAGUAACAUUACUUUCCUUCCUAGUGGAAACAGAAGUUUCAUUUCUUGACUAUAUUAAAGGCGGGACUCAAAUCAAUUUCACUGUGGCUAUUGAUUUCACAGCUUCAAAUGGUAACCCUGCACAUCCAACCUCACUCCAUUAUAUGAACCCAUACCAGCUGAAUUCUUAUGGCAUGGCAUUAAGAGCAGUAGGUGAAAUCAUUCAAGACUAUGAUAGUGACAAAAUGUUUCCAGCUCUAGGUUUUGGUGCUAGACUGCCUCCAGAUGGAAGAGUAUCUCAUGAAUUUGCCUUGAAUGGAAACCCUCAAAAUCCUUAUUGCAGUGGCAUAGAUGGUGUAAUGGAAGCAUACUACUUGAGUCUAAAAUCUGUACAGCUUUAUGGACCAACAAAUUUUGCUCCUGUUAUUAAUCAUGUAGCAAGAUAUGCUGCCUCAGUUAAAGAUGGCUCACAGUAUUUUGUUCUUCUCAUUAUUACGGAUGGGGUCAUUUCUGACAUGGCUCAAACAAAGGAGUCCAUAGUGAAUGCUGCAAAGCUUCCAAUGUCAAUAAUAAUAGUUGGAGUUGGUCCAGCAGAAUUUGAUGCUAUGGAAGAAUUGGAUGGUGAUGAAGUAAGACUCUCCUCAAGAGGAGUAUAUGCUGAAAGGGAUAUUGUACAGUUUGUACCAUUUCGGGAUUACAUUGACAGAAGUGGAAACCACAUAUUAAGUAUGGCCAGACUUGCUAGAGAUGUCUUAGCUGAGAUCCCAGACCAGUUUCUCUCUUAUAUGAGGGUCAGAGGAAUCAAGCCUUCUCCUGCACCACCUCCAUACACGCCACCUAUUCAUGUAGUGCAGACUCAGAUAUGAGUGGUCCAAAUACUGAAUGCUCUUCACAAACUGUAGAGUGCUGCUAAGAAAAUGCUCCAGUACAGUGGUGCACUUUAAAGAGCCAAUAAGCUGAGGCCAAGGUUCUCUCUUUGUAAGCAGUGGAGCUUCUGGUGGGCUUUGGAGCAAAAUAAAUUAUCUUCAUAUACCAAAAUAUCCAGUCUGGUUGCAUGCGCAACGAGAAGCGAAAUGGUAAUGUUUGUUUUUAAGUUUUAUUUUGUUUUUAACAGAAAAAAGCUACUGUUUCAUGUGUUAGGAGAGAAAGCACAAGUCACGGGUUCUACUCAGAAGUCCUUUUUCUUUCCUGACUAACUUAAUAUGUACAUAUAAUGUGAAUGCAAUUCUUCUGUAUCAAUGUUUACAUGUUACUACUUUUCAAAUGGAACUACUUUUUUUAAUAAUUAUUCUUAAUCUUAAGAAUUUGGAAUAUUGAAUUAUCUAUCUUGCAAUAGUAAAAUCCACAAGAGAAGCAAUAUCUCUUUGAAUGAUUGUCCAGACAAAUGUGAAUGCAAAAAUAACAGUAGAAAGCAGGGGGACAAAUACAUUCAUAGAUCUUGAUAAUGGAAACACCUCACUCAAGUGCUCAGUAUUCAUCUGACAUAUUUGAGAAUAAGCUUCCAAAAUGUGAAUACUGUAAGAAUAUGUAUUUUUGCAAGAUAUUCCAGUUCCUGAAAUAACUUGUGUUUACAUUUUUUAAGACUGAUUAUGCUGGCAUAAUAAAUUUGAACACCACCGACAACAGUGUAAUUUUAGGAAAUGGGUGCAUCAGAUAACUUUGGGUCCUAUAGUUUAGCUCAUGUAAUUUGUGAAAUCUGUAGAGUAUCUUGCAUAACAACUAUAGAGCUUUGUCAUCAAAUUGCUUUCUGAAGGUGAAUCUUUUGUGUGAGUGACUUAAAGCUCUUAUGCAAGCUGCCAGUUGUUGUGAAGUUUGUCUAGAUUGUCUAUUCAAAGGGAUGCUGGCUCAUUUCGAACUGGCUGUUGAAAUAGUCACACUGAUGUACAGGGCACACAAGUGGUAAUCUAUUAAUUAACUGGGUUAAAAUUGCACAGCUAUGUUGCUUUGUGCACAACUUUGUGUAUAGAACUACUCAAGUAUUUUAUGAUAAUGCCUGUUCUUAUCCUAAUUAUCAAAUGUUUUUGCAUGUACAGUUUUUACAAGAAAUUCACAUUUUUGUGAGCAUUUGUGUCAAAACUUUUAAUUAGAACAAAAGGCCUUAAAUCUCACAAAUACCUUGGAAAUGAUUGUGAAUUGCCUUCAGAUACUGGAAGACAUGUUUUACUUUUGUGUCAAAAGUGUAAUUGCCUUGUAAUGUGUAGCUCUCUUUUUGGCACAUAACCUGUUUACUACUUUGUUUAUUACUAUAUAUGUUAUACUGAACAGUAUUAAAUUAAGGUGCAUUUUUUUAAGCAUGAAAGGCUUUUUUUCUGAAAAAAAAAAUAUAUAUAACAUCAAUGGCAUUUAAUCAUAUGUAAUACUGAAUCUUCCAUUUUUAAAUAUAUUAAAGGUCCUUAAAAUAUUCUCAUA